AUGAGCGGGUCAGUUGAACACCAACUCCCCCCGCACCUUCUCCCUGACCGUGAGAUCCACGUCGUCAUCUCGAUUUUGUCCGGCCACAAGAAGGCUCAGGAGUACUACGAUGACACUUUAAAGCCUCUGCUCGACAGCCAUAAUGUCCAACACAGCACUCACACGACAUCCUCCACACAGUCGAUCAUCAACCUGACCAGAAGUCUAUUCGUGGUCAACGCCACACAGGGGGUGAAGCAGACCAUCAUACUUCUGUCGGGCGAUGGCGGCAUCAUUGACAUUGUGAACACCAUGACAACUGUCCUAAACCGACGAAAUGAUGACACACGGCCGCCUUCGAUCUUCAUCAAGCCCGUUGUGGUUCUUAUACCGAUGGGGACUGCCAAUGCGCUGGCGUGGAGUUGCAAAGUCGCCCAAGAUCCGAUCGGAUCCAUGAUGAAAGGGAUGCCUAGGUCUCUGCCCACCUUCCAGGCCCAGUUCAGCCCCGGCGCCAAACUUGUUGUCAAUGAGGGAAGAGAUCGCGAGACAUUGACAGAGUCCGAUGACGAAGAAGGAAUAAUGUACGGCGCUGUAGUCUUCAGCUGGGGCCUGCAUGCGAGUCUGGUUGCCAUGAGCGACACCGCUGAGUACCGCAAACAUGGGUUGGAGAGAUUCAAAAUGGCCGCAGGUCAGCUACUGAGCGAAGGCCAUAAAUACAGAGGCAAGGUCAAAUGGCGGAAAGCGGGUGGGGAUUGGGGAGAACUCCCUGGAUCAGAGCAUUCAUACGUGCUUGCCACGAUGGUAUCGAACCUGGAAGAGCACUUUCAGAUCUCUCCGGCUACGAAGCCGGUCGACGGCACGUUACGACUUGUCUCCAUUGGCCCCGAGCCUGCUGAUGAGAUAAUGAGGCUCCUUGGGCUGGCAUACCAGUCUGGUAAACAUGUGACAGACCCAAAGGUUACCUACGAGGAUAUUAAGAGCCUCAGAAUCGAAUUCGAUGAAGAUGACGAGCGAUGGAGAAUGGUUUGUGUUGAUGGCAAGAUUGUCGCGAUUGCGAAGGGAGGCUGGGUGGAGGCCACCAAAAUUCCGGCGACUGGCAUGGAUGCAAGGAGGGUUAUCGAGGUGGUUUGCUGA